UGGAAGUUAAAGGACGCUCAUCGUCGUCGAAAUGAUCGUACGUUACGCUUGCAUACUGCCACCCAAGCUAAGAAGCAUAAGAAACAACAUGAUGCUACUAUUAUUAAGAAGCUUAAACUUCGUUCUUUUUCGGAUGCUAUGACUAGCAAUGGAAAUAGUAGCCAUCGGAAUCUUAGUAGUGACAGCGAUAGUAAGGAGACAGAAAGUGUGAGCAGUCCACUUAUAGUGACUAGUCGACCAACUUCAUCGAAUGAGCCUUCUAUUGUUUUGACGUCAUCGGACCCUGCCGUGAAUGUUAAGUUGAUUGUUGAUACACAAGGUUGUGUAACUCUAAGUGUUCCUACUUCGGUUGACUGUCAGUCAAGUGAUGAUGAGCAGGAAGUGUCCGAUGGUAACAGCCAGUCUACAGUGUUACCUGAUAACGAUGCUAUUGACGUGCUUAUGUCUUGUGUCUCUGUAACGGAACAUGGAGAACAACAAGUGAGUUUAUCGGUUUUGGAUUGUGACACUAAUGCUGUUCUUUCAUUUAGAGAGAUGAGUUAUACAACAAAGGAAGAGUUUCACUCUACGGAUGCUAGUGUAGCCAGAAACGACGCUACUUGUCUGACACAACGGAAUCAUAAUGACGAUAAUAAUCUGGAUGUCACUGAUGUGACAAAUGAUUUGUCGACGUUGACGAAUGCUGAUCAAACCUCUGUACCAGGAGAUGGAGAGUUGAAUAUUGUUCCUAUGUUAUGCCACCUAGAGUCUUCGGGAGACGAGGAAAUGUCAAAAUCGGAGAUCCUGCCCUUGCAUAUUAUCUAUGGGUCAAGAACUUCUGUUGAUAAGUCAGCAUCACGGGCUUCAUCGUAUCUGCUGUUUGGAGCAAUGGGUGGUGGAUUAACGACUCAUCCCCAUGAGGUGGAAAGUAAAUCUCUAAGAGGAUAUGACCAGCUUUACGACGUGUUGCACAUGUUCGUGUGGGUGAAUUGGAUAAGGUUUAUACUACCGUUAGGUCAUGCUACGAUAGAUAGGGGAAUCAAGGACCUGAUGGGAAUGUACAGGUUCAUAGUUUGAUAGGUCAUAUCCAUGUUGGAGGGCGGGUAGGCGUACUGCUGUAAGUCCUACUCGUUCUUCCGGUGUGGAUUAGGGGAUGAGAAUGAACCGUAAAUUGAAGUGUUAGAAAGGGCUUGUUUUGCUUAGAGGGAUAUUGUGGGCCGGUGUAGAAUUUAUAUUGAAUGUUUGUUGUUGAUUGCUUGUGAUGCACAUACUUGGAUUGUUGUUAUAUAUUCUUGUCGGUGAAAAGAACCAAGGUUCUUUUAGUCGGGAGUGUUACGGGAGAAACGAAGACAUUUUGCUGAUUAAAACCUUCAUGUAUAAAUAUAAUUAAUUUCACUGUUUUUUGGGUAUAUUUGUUUUACUUAACUUAUGAACUUGUUUGAAUUAUUAUUUGCAAACAUAUUGGACUCCCGUUUCUCUUUGUUGUUCGUUGCAGUUUUUUGCUCCAAGAGAUAAUAAAUUAGAAGAACGACAUUGGUCGUCUAUUUGUAAUAAAUUAUUUUGGUGGAAUUUGUGAUUUGGAAUAAACUUUGGUAUCUACUUUGGAGUUUCGUUCUUGGUAUAGAAAUUUGGGACCUUGAAUUACCAAUAGACGACAACAGUGCUUCGUAAGAUCGACGAGCAAAAAACUGGACGUAACAACUA